AUGUUGGGUACGCGCAUGCAGUUCGGGCGCGGCGAGGACCGGUUCUAUCCGGCGAAGGCGCGGAGUUACGAUCACCAUCGGAGCCGGAACUUGCAGAGGUCCCGCAGUUGUGGCUCUGCAAAUGGCGUCAAUGGCGGCUUUACCUCCUCAACGUCCACGGCUUCCUCGGGGAAAUUUGCCGUCGAGGUCGAUCGGGAGCCUGAGAACCGGACAGCCGGUCACGAGGGUUCCAAGCCCGCUGACGCGCCUGCUGCAACGGUGGGGAGUGCUCCCUCGGGUAAUCUGGAUCGGUUUUUGGAAUCCACGACUCCGUCCUUGACAGGACAGUACCUCCCAAAGGUCCAUCUUUUCUUUUUUCCGUUCCGACGCUUUUGGCGGAGAGCUUUCUGUUUUCUUUAGGGGUUCUACACGCUUGUUGUCUAAACGGUGUUUUCUCUAGCAGACGACGAUGAGAGGAUGGAGGACCUGUAAUAUGGAGCAGCAGCCAUACUUCGUGCUUGGAGACCUGUGGGAAUCUUUCAAGGAGUGGAGUGCAUAUGGGACCGGUGUUCCUUUGCUUCUAAACGAUACCGAUCUUGUUAUGCAGUAUUAUGUACCCUACUUGUCAGCCAUUCAGUUAUACGUAGAACCCAGGAGAGAACCUUCCAACUUGAGGUAUCCUAUCUUGUUCAUCCCAAUUCCCCUGCAUUUUUUUGUCCAUUUUUUGGCACCUUUCUUUAGGCAAACGUCACAAAAAAAUGAAUGAACUUUUAUUGUACGCGUAGAUACUUUCUCUUGCAAGACCUUUUUGCUUCAUGCGAUGAUUUUUUUGCUUCAUGAGGUUUUUUUGUCUGUUUUGUUUUUGGCAAUACUCAUGAUCUAAUGAACACAUAAUUUGAUGGAAGCUAAUUCACAGUCGAUCAGUUGCUAUUUUUGGGGAGAAACAAUCACGUUUGGUUUUAGUAAUACGAGAGGAACAUAUUUUUAUAGUAUUAUAUCAAGCGAUUUUAUAUUCUUUAUUUCAUGGAAAAAUGGCCCGACUACGUUAGGCUGUCUGGAAUGACCUUGUGCUGCAGCGUGUUGGAGAUGCAAGCUAAGAAAUAUCGUGUGCUUAUUUGAGUAUGCAUGUCAUGAAGAGAAAGGUCCUUUUGCGUGCUAUUGAUUUUUUUUAGACUUUUAACAACGAUUUUUGUUUGUGCAAAACUCUUUCUUCUUUCUUAGCUGGAGAUUAUCCGUUAAACGCUUUGUCAAAUUAGGUACAGAUGAUCUGCCAGCCUUGGGUAAUGCUCAGGAAAUAUAUCCUACGAUUUCUCUCUUUGAAGGGGAUGGGACAAGGAGAUGAUAUGGUGGAAAUAUCGACAAGAAUUUCUAAAUAUUUAUCAUUCUCUCUUAGGAUCUUGUUUUUCUGUUUUUGUUUCUAUGCAACAGUCAAGAGCGAUCUGUUAAGUAAUUUUAUAGAAGCCUACUGUAUGCACAAGUUUGUGUUGGAUUCUUUAUUAGACGAUAUAAAGUGAAUGGGUUUCAGGGAUUGCAUUCUGAGGAAUUAUUCAUUAUUUAUUUAAAAAAAUCAGAAUUGGAUAUUAGCUAGGUCUGCAUACUUUCGUACUGACUGUUGCUGCAUUUUUAUUUUUUCUUCACCAAAUUUCGUUCGUCUUCUGUUGUAUCUAUUAUUGUGAAUUCCCUCAUCCUGAUCUCAUUCCUAUGCAAUAGGGGACCAGGAGAGGAGAGUGAUAGUGACUGUUCUCGGGAUUCAAGCUCAGAUGGAAGCAGUGAUUGUGAACUGGAAAGAGGUUUGAAACAUUCAUGGGGUUCGAAUCACCAACAUCUUGCAAGUGCUCCCGCACUACGGAUGGACAGAUUGUCUUUGAGGGAGAAGCAUGAAGAUUCACAAGAAAGCUCUUCAAGUGAUGAUCUUGACGCUGAAAAUUCUCAGGGUCUCUUGCUCUUUGAAUUUCUUGAAAGGGAUCUUCCUUACAGUCGUGAACCUUUAGCUGAUAAGGCAAGUUUGUUGCUAUGAUAUCUAAUUAGUUUUUUCUAUCCAUCUUUUAUCUAGGCCGAGUAAAUAAAAUGCAGAACUCUAGUGAAUGAGGCUAUUAUUGGCCAAAUCAAUUUAGGGGAUAUGGGAUCAAUGCAUGUUUCAUGAUUUGCAACGGGAGGCAACCGUGACUAAAUCUGUAGUGUCUUUUGGAGUACGAAUAAGUAUUUCAAGAUGUGUCGUUUUUAAGGGAGAGGAAGAUUUAGUCAUUCUAUUUUCUAUUAUAUAUGCGUUUUUCGUGAUGGAAGAUACAUAUUAGGGGCAUUCUUAUUCUUCCUCUCAUGAUCAUAUCUUAAUCGCGUCACGCGAUUCUCAAUUUACUGGUUCCAAUAUAACCUUUUUGUGUAAUCCUCUAUCAAAUUUCAUGUUUGUUACCAGUUUACUGAAGAAUUCUGGCAUUCUCUGUUAAGAAGCUCGAUUUACUUCUUUUUUUUAACUGAACAGAAUACGCACAUAUUCUUGAUACGUUCAUGUGACGGUCAUGUCUCAAUGUUUUUCAUUAUUUGGUUCCGCCCUCUCUCCCCGUUAUGAGGUGAACUCGACUUCGAUAUAUGAUUAUCUUUGGUUUUCCGAGACAUUAGUGAGCUUGUUGUACUUUCCUUUUUUGGGUAAAAGGAGUGAUAAUAACAAUAAUUACUCAUAAUAAUAAUAAUAAUAAUAACAGGCAUUGGUUCAUGGAUGUUGAGAGUUCAAUGCUUGAAUUGGCAUGCUAUUAUGUUUAGGAAUCUUCCGAUUGCCGAUCCAUAAUCAGAAUAAACGGCAAAAUGAUUCAAUUCGAUUAUGAAUGAAGAAUUUCUUUUCCCUCUUUACUUAUCUUUUUCUGACAUCUUGCAUGUUGCAGAUUUCUGACCUUGCAGUCCGCUUCCCUGAAUUGAAGACACUUAGAAGCUGUGAUUUGUUACCUUCUAGUUGGAUUUCUGUGGCGUGGUACGCUUUCCACCUAGGUUCUUUUAUGAUAUCUGGUUCGUUUUUGGGCUUAUAGGUUUCCAAUAUAACCGGGGAAUUCUUUUUAGGUAUCCAAUUUACAGAAUACCAACGGGGCCUACGUUGAGGGAUCUGGAUGCUUGCUUUCUCACUUUCCAUUCCCUCUCCACUCCACUAAUAGGUAUGUCCCCUCCAUUUUCCCUGUUAAUAAAUAUAUGUAUGUAUGCGUAUUUAGCUCUGUUAUUCUGGAAUAUGCUUAAAAUCAUACGUGAAUGAUAAUGCAUGGUGCUAAAAAUCAGCGAGGACUUUGGAUCAUUGGAUGGUCAGUAGAUGCUGCCAUCUUUUCUCUUUCUACUAGAACAACAAGGAAGAAAACUCCAAGUCAACGGCCAAUCUCACCCAGUUCAUCCUACACUUUCUGGCCAAUCUCCAGUUGGUCUCCUGCUAGCUACGACUCAUAUCAUCAUCCAACAUUGCUCAUCCUUUCACCCAUUAUUUAGAUAUUCAUGCAAGUUUUCUGCUUGUUCUUGGGCUCUUGCCUGAUGGAAGAUCGCUGACAUUUCAGAGCCCGAUGCUGGCCCAUCCAUCUCGUUCCCCAGUGGGGAAGAGGGUGUCCCGAAGGUCUCACUCCCCAGCUUCGGCCUAGCCUCAUACAAGCUGGUGGGCUCGGUCUGGGCCACGAAUGGAGGAGCAGAGAGGCAGCUGGCAAGGUCCCUUCUGGAGGCAGCCGAUAGCUGGCUGCGGCAUCACCGCGUGGCUCACCCGGAUUACCAGUUCUUCACCUCCCACGGCCCCUAUUUCAGAUGA